UGACUGGUUUGAUCGUCUUUGAAAGCAACACCAACCAGGAAAUUCACUGAAGUCUCGUAAAUCCAACUGUCCGUGAAGGCAGCAGCAGCGCGCAGAUAAAAACAUGUCUGACGAGGAAUCUGGUAGAAAUGUUCAGCCUGUGCAGCCACCUAAACGCCGGCGUGUCCUUGAUCCAUCAGCUGUUAUUCCUGUAUCAGUGUACUCCAGCAAGGUGAGCAGUUGCCUGCAGAUGAAGCCAACAGCCCUGUUUACCGAUAAAGAAAACCCAGACGAUGAUUUAGAUGAGAGUCUGUGGUCGGGGUUUUUCUCUCGGACAUCUGCCAGGCUCAGUGACUCUGAGGAUGAAGCAGAUCCUCAUCACAGCUCAGAGAAUCGUGUAGAAGACCCUUCUCCUCAUCCUCCUCCUCCUCCAGAGAGCCCCGUUCGGAAGCAGUCCAGGAAGGCCACUAAGAACAUCAAUGAGAUCAACAAGAGGCUGCGGGCCAUGAGCUCCAUCAUGUCCCCAGAACCCCUGAGGAGGCCGUCCAAACGGUGCAAAGCCUCUUCAUCUGUCCAACCUGAUUUGGACCAUGAAAAUGUAGAUGAUGAUGUCAUCAUCAUGAGCCCAGACACACAGAAGUCGUACAGCUCAGACUCGGUUCGAGAGAUCCCCCUUAAAGUUCGCUGCAGAUCAGACGUCUACAAAAUCCCAGUUCUGUCGUCCGCACCUUUAACUGACGUGGUGAGCCAGCUGUCCGUCAUUCUGAAAGUCCCGCCCACUUCCCUCCUCCUGCUGAGGCAUGACAUUGAGCUGCCGUCAGACUCCUCUGUUGGGGAGCUGGGCCUCAGCAUCGCUGACAUCAUAGAGUGUGUUGUCAUGAGAGCAGAAGCUCAACGCAGCAGCAGCAGCGUCACAGUGAGGCUGCAGAGCAAAGACAGAGACUCAUCUCAGGAAUACUCCAUCCACAGAGACACGCCGCUGGACACCAUCUUCUCCCAGUAUCUGUCCAGCCUACCUAGCACCACUCAGAGAAAGGUUCGGUUCCACUUUGACGGCUCCAAGGUGAUGAGCGGCCAGACACCAGCACAGCUUGACAUGGAGGACGGGGACAUCAUUGAAGUUUGGAUCUGAACCUCCAUGAUGCUUUAUGUUUAAUACAAAUCCAACGCUUCUCGUUUGGUUUUUUCAAACCUGCAGCCACGAACGAACAUUUAGAGUCAAACAAGACAAACGAGAUGUGUACAGGUAGGAUUUAUUCAUUUGGACUGCACUAAAGCUUUUGUUUAUCAACUGUUUGUUUGGUUAAUAAAGUGAAAUAUAAUAAAGUUAUUGGGAUGGUGAGAUGUUCUGUUCCAGCAGAAUCUUUAAAUCCAAAACGAGAAGAAAACUCUUGAGGUGUGAUGAUCUGAAACCUGCGUGUUGAGGCCCUUCUUGCCUCCUACGGGUAGAAAUCAGACCUACAGGAACGUUUUUGAGUUCUUUUGUUUCUUUCUCACUUUUAUCGUUUUAUUCAACAUUUUGGGAGGUUUUGAGAAGGCCAACCAAAAGGUUUUUUCUCCCUAGGAAACAUUAAAAACUACCGUAAACACAUUAUUUGUGGACCAGUUUUCUUCUUUAACUUCAUAAAAUCUACUUAGUUACACAAAACCCAACUUAAACUACAGGUAGUUUGUCAAGUAAUGUUAACGUUAAACUGAAGAGAAAAACAAAAUGCUGUCACAUGAAAUGUAGACGAUCAUUUUUGAAGGUCUUUUUUAUGUAAAAUAUCUUGUUUCAAUAAAUAAAAGAUAUCUUCCUCUGA